AUGGUGCCCGUCCAUUGGCCAAACCAAAUCGCCAGCACUGUAAGCGCCCUCUUUACAGUUGAAAAGGAUCAUGUGGACGACAGUUUGGCAGGAACCCAUCUGGGUGCAGCCACCGACACACCCGAACGGCCAGUGCCGCGCCCGCGUCUUUCCCUUCUUACACCCGCCCGAUACAGCAACGUAAACGCCCUUGCUCCCCUUCACUUCAAAACUAAAAAACCACCCUUCUCCCAGCCCCCGUCCCCUCACACCGUCCCCUCACACCGUCCCCUCACACCAUCACCUCAACCCAUCACCUCAACCCCUCCCUGUUACCUUGCCCCCUUCUACCACCCCCGUCAGCCACCGCCACCCCUCCUCGCAAUGAGCUUCUUCGGCCGCGCCCCGCGGCAAGAAGGCGCCCCCGCGCGCAGCAAAGUCAUGCACGGCCUCAAGGUGACCAUGUCGCCGGCUACGUCCAAGCGCGAAAUCACCGAGUCGGACGAAUCGCACAGGGUCACGCAGCAGACCCUAGCGACCUGGAAAGCCGCCCUCCGCGCGCUGCACGACGCCCUCGCCACCAACGAGGCCGCGUGGAAGAACCUCUUCGCUUCAUUUACCACCUUCAGCACCGCCGCCGCCGCCGUCUACUCGGCCACCGACAUCGAAUCCCGCGCAGUCGUCAAAGCCCUGGAGUCUGCGCGCACCGCCGUCGAGGCUCCGCCCACGGACCCCGGCUACACCCCCAUGCAGAAGGUCGAGUUCGCUAGGCAGGAGCUCGCCGCCAUGCUCUCCAGGAUCCAAAACGCAGAGGCCCUGCACGCGAAGAGGCUGGAGACUACCAGGCAGUACAAGUAUUACGACAGGAAGACCAAGCAGAUGCUUGAGAAUGAAGCCAAGCCGGGGAAGACCGUGUCGGUUGAGCGCCUUGAGCGCCGGACGAGGAACCAGAAGAACGUCAUGGACCUGGCCAUCCAGCUCAACUCCAUCACCACCCAGCUGUACACGGAGCUGGAUACUACUUCGACUUCCAGCCGGUGA